GUAGCAGCCGGGGACGGAGCAGGCGGGCGACGCCGGGCGCGGGCACAGGUCGAGCCGCUCCCGCCGCUGUUUCGCUGCCCCGCGUCUCCCAGCGGGGGGAGCGGCCGGUGACAGGGGCAGACGCCGCUGCCCAUGUGGGGGGUGGCGUGCGGAGGAGCCGCUGCUGCGGGGAACUCAAGUGACUUCCUCAGUGGUACCAGAGCAGUUCCUGAAACAAUGGAAGUGUGAUCUAAGACUUGUAGCCAUUUACUAGUGUGGAUAAAUUGCAUCCAAAUGAUGAGCGAGGGAAAGAAGAAUGCAAAACUGGCACCAGUACCUGAUAUGGAAACAUCAUUAGACAUUUGGAAAGGAUGAAGAAAGUCUGAGACUUCAUGAACAAAGAACAAACCCAGAUGAUAUCUCUGAAAGGCGCACUGUCAAGAUAUGUUUGGCAGUGAAAAUGGAUUACUUAUUUGGAACAAAUAUUCUUAUAUGAGAAGAUCCCAAUUCCAAACAGUUUAAACAUUAUUCCUUCUUCAGGAACAGUAUGGCAGGCUUCAAACGAGGGUAUGAUGGAAAAAUUGCUGGACUGUAUGAUUUGGAUAAAACCUUGGGCAGAGGCCACUUUGCUGUGGUCAAACUUGCCCGGCAUGUCUUUACAGGUGAAAAAGUAGCAGUGAAAGUAAUUGACAAGACCAAACUGGACACUCUGGCCACUGGGCAUCUUUUCCAAGAAGUUAGAUGCAUGAAACUAGUGCAGCAUCCUAAUAUUGUUCGUCUGUAUGAAGUGAUUGACACCCAGACCAAACUUUACCUUAUCUUGGAGCUUGGUGAUGGAGGAGAUAUGUUUGAUUACAUCAUGAAACAUGAAGAGGGACUUAAUGAGGACCUGGCUAAGAAAUACUUUGCUCAGAUAGUUCAUGCUAUAUCUUAUUGCCAUAAACUACAUGUAGUUCACAGAGACUUAAAACCAGAAAAUGUUGUCUUCUUUGAAAAACAAGGACUUGUGAAAUUGACUGACUUUGGCUUCAGCAACAAAUUUCAGCCCGGAAAGAAGCUCACUACCAGUUGCGGAUCUCUAGCAUAUUCUGCUCCUGAAAUUCUACUUGGGGAUGAGUAUGAUGCACCAGCAGUGGAUAUAUGGAGCCUGGGUGUUAUCCUAUUCAUGUUGGUAUGUGGACAACCACCAUUCCAAGAAGCAAAUGACAGUGAAACACUGACUAUGAUCAUGGACUGCAAAUACACAGUGCCAUCGCAUGUGUCCAAAGAAUGUAAAGAUUUAAUUACACGGAUGUUGCAGAGAGACCCAAAGCGAAGAGCGUCUUUGGAAGAGAUUGAAAAUCAUCCAUGGCUCCAAGGAGUUGACCCAUCACCUGCAACUAAGUACAAUAUUCCUCUGGUUUCAUACAAAAACCUUUCUGAGGAAGAACACAACAGUAUAAUACAACGCAUGGUCCUUGGUGAUAUAGCAGAUCGAGAUACAAUAGUAGAGGCUCUGGAAACUAACAAAUACAAUCACAUCACUGCCACUUACUUCUUACUAGCUGAGAGGAUUCUGAGAGAGAAACAGGAGAAAGAAAUUCAAACCAGAUCUGCAAGCCCUAGCAACAUCAAAGCUCAGUUCAGGCAAUCAUGGCCAACAAAAAUCGAUGUACCCCAGGACCUGGAGGAUGACCUUACAGCUUCUCCUCUCUCCCAUGCAACUGUUCCUCAGUCUCCAGCUCGCACUGCUGAAAAUAUUCUUAAUGGUCACAGAAGUAAGGCACUUGGCGAUUCAGCAAAGAAAGAGGAUAUCCCUGAAUUAGCUGGGCCAGCACUUUCAGUGGUUCCUUCAGUGAGCUUAAAACCCACUACUAGUGGGCGGAAGUGCUUGUUUAGAGUAGAAGAAGAUGAAGAGGAAGAUGAAGAAGAUAAGAAACCCAUUUCUCUUUCAACUCAAGUUGUUUUGCGCCGCAAGCCUUCAGUUACAAAUCGUCUCACUUCCAGGAAGAGUGCACCAGUCCUCAAUCAAAUCUUUGAGGAAGGGGAGUCAGAUGAUGAGUUUGACAUGGAUGAGAACUUACCCCCAAAGCUUAGCAGGUUAAAAAUGAAUAUUGCUUCACCUAGCACAGUGCAUAAGCGCUACCACAGAAGGAAAAGCCAAGGUCGGGGGUCUAGCUGCAGUAGCUCAGAAACUAGUGAUGAUGACUCAGAAAGUAGGAGACGGCUAGAUAAAGAUAGUGGGUUUACAUACUCCUGGCACAGACGGGAUAGUAGUGAAGGGCCACCUGGAAACCAGGGAGAUGGUGGUGGACAGAGCAAACCAAGCAAUGGAAAUGGAGGCAUAGACAAAACAAGCCCUAGUGAUAACAACAAAAAUGGGGGAAGUCCCUCCACGGGCUCCGGCGGUAGCACUAACAACACUUCAGGUUCUACUCGUAGAUGUGCUGGAUCUGGAAACUCAAUGCAGUUAUCUUCUAGAAGUGCAGGGGACCUUGUUGAAAGCCUAAAAUUGAUGAGCCUUUGCUUAGGUUCCCAGAUUCAUGGCAGCACUAAAUACAUUAUUGAUCCUCAAAACAAUCUUUCAUUUUCCAGUGUGAAAGUGCAAGAGAAAUCAAUGUGGAAAAUGUGCAUAAGUUCUAGUGGGAGUGCAAACCCAGCUUCAUCUUUGGGCAGCAUAAAAUUCUUUUCUGACCAAAUGUCAGACACAGCAAAUGAGUUGGAACGGAUAAAGAGUAAGAACUUGAAAAAUAACGUGCUACAGCUACCUCUCUGCGAAAAGACUAUAUCUGUGAAUAUUCAGCGGAACCCCAAGGAGGGAUUGCUGUGUACCUCCAGUCAAACUAGUUGUUGUCAUGUCAUUUGACAAUGACCUGACUUAAUAGCUCAAUCUACUUGACAACACCAUUCUUCCUGUUCAGAACUGUGAACACCUUAUUUCAAUGAACCCCAUUUUUUGUCUUAAUAUUUUAAAGUGGGCUUUAUGAGCAGUUAUUUAUUACAUUUUAAUUUUGUGUUUGCUUGAUGGUAUGACAAUGCAUGGUCUUUGUGCAUGCUGCUAGCCAAUACAUCUUUCUUUCCCAACAUAAUAGACUAUUUUAUUGUGUAAUUUUUACAUGUAUAAUUUUACUAUGGAAGAUCUGGAUUAAAUUAAUGUAUAUCUGGAUCCUAGUGUAAAUUUGGCACUUGGAAAUUUCAUAUUCUGCACUUAAACUAGAGAGAGAGAGAGAGAAGCUUUUGUUUGCUUGUGAAAUGUUAAUUCUUGUUCUGACCUUCUGUGAUAUCUAAAAUAUGUGAUAUGUGGCAUACUUCUGUGUGUCUGAAACAGAACCAAAGCAAUAAUGUUUUGAUGCUGAAAACUCCUCAGGGAGCUUUCACAUGUUCCAAGGCUUGUACAAAGCAAAGAUGCACUGAAAAUUAGUGAUCUUAAACUAUGAUUUUAAACCCACACCUAUUUGUCUUAAGCUAUAUGGUUAAAGUUGUGGCUCAAAAUCAAACUGAAAAGAUCUUGUUUUUCUAUAAGCAAGAUUUUUUAAAAAGCAACUAGAUUUGUAAGGCAGCUUUUUCCCAUAGAAAUAUGUUGCUAUUACACGCAGACAAUCUUUUUUAAUAUAACAAAGGUAAAUUAUAAAGUUUACUUCUGAGUUUUUACAUUCUAACUGAAAAUAAAUAGUUUGUAUACAUUAUCUCCAUUAUUAGUAGUCUAUCAUGACAAUUACCUUAAAUAUUUUAGCAUUUCUUAUUCUAAGUGUGACUCUUAGAUCUCAAAAUGCAAUAAAGAAUGGAAAAUGUUUAAAUAAUUGGAUGCAGAUUUAAAUUAAUCAGUAUUAUUGUCUGAUAUAAAUUUUCCUCAUCGUUAGACUUUUUGGCCUUUGUCAGGACUUAAUAUGUUGUGUAGUCUCCUGUAUUUACUAUGUUCUGUUAAUUUCCCUCAAUAAUCUUGUUUUCUAUUAAAAGCAAGUCCAAUAUUUACAAAAACUAAAAAUUGGCACAUAAGAAAAUAUCCUUCUGCAUUCUUUAAAGCUAUUAGCUUUUCCAUUUUGUGUCCCCAUUGCCACUGAAAUAAUGGCAAAUUCGUGCUUUAGAAUAUUUCUGUACAAAAGAUUACUUUUGACCAGAUGAACUAACUUUUGUGGAAUUUUAUUAUCUAGAAUAAAAUAUAUUGCAGAUUCCUAAUUUUGGGAAGGGCAAGAAUGUUUGUUUUAUUUUUUCAUGCUGUGCACUGGGUCUUCAAAGCAAUGCUAGUAAAAAUUGGUGGUAUUAUGUAGCAGCACCCCAGCUAGACAUUGAAUGUCUGAAAGGAGUUUACACUGUUUAGCAUAUUGUAACAUUUACAAAAUGGUCAAAUACAAUGCAUUUCAUGUACACUGUAGAGCGAGUAGAGCACCAAAGAACUGCAUUACAUUUGGUCGUCAUUUCUGUAGUUCACACUGGCUUUUCUUAAUUAGUAUGAUACAUUUUAUUAGGACAGUCUACAUCGCACAGGAUACUUUUACUGCCUAGCGUAGCUAGGGUUUAUAGAUUCUGCUCCCUAAACAAACAAGUGAUAAACAUUUUACUUUAUGGAACUUUUCAGUUUUAAGCUACAGUUGCAGUUCAGUGCGUGUGAUAUUUAUAAAUUGAAAGCUACAAGAAGAGAUGUGUGGGUGAAGCCAUAGAACACAUUUGCUUGAUAUUUUUGAACAGGGAUCUUAUAAAGGGCCAGAAAUAAGAUGUGUGGUUCACAGACAGUGAGCAUAACAUCUACAUUAAAAGUAAGAGAAAAGUUUAUAAAGGGCAUUGGCAAUAAACUAUUGCAGCUUUUUUUUCCACGUAUUGUAAAUACUUUCCUGAUAUUAUGUACAGCCUUGGAAUGGCACCUUUUAACUAACCCCAGGUGUAUUUUGUUUCCAAUGUUUUUAUAUACAGAUGUAUAUAUGGUGCUCACUUUAGAACAGCAGUGUUGACCAUUUAUGCUGCAUAGCUGUAUUAUAGCCUUAUUAGUUGUGUAUGGUUGGUUGAACUUCUGGGUGUACAAAAGUUAGUCUGAGUGUUGUCCUUUUAUCCAUUUGUUCAUAGGUGAAUGAUUGUGCAUGUGUUGUAUGUUAUAUUAUGUUGUCAUGUAAAAGGAAGGGCGAGAAUAACCACUACAUUAAAAUAAUAUUGGACCAAACUAUUUAGAGCAAGUAAACAGUUUCUUGUACCCCUUAACCUGUCUUUAAAAGUUGCAUAUAGUUAUGGUAGUGUAUAAAUUUAAAUAUUGUGGAAAAACAAUUAGUCUUGUAUUUUUCUCCGUGUGUAUAUAUAAAUGUACCUUUAGCAACUUUAUCUGUAUUUAAGAUGUGACAAUCUUGACACAGAAUUUUAAGAGUAGCAGUAAAAAUAAAAUAGAACAGAAUUAAAUAACUUCUCACCAAGAAAGAAUGUGUGUGUUAAGAGGGUACAGAAAUAUCAGCUGAUCUUGUCGGUUGCUUCCAGCAAUGUUUGGCUUUCUUCAUUGUAUAAAUAUUCAUAAUGUGUGACAGAAAUGGAAAAUCCAGUUAAUAAAAAUGACAUCUUGAUUGGUGC